AUGGCCCUGACCAAAGAGUUGGACUUGGUGCAGACUAUCUCCUUGGACGGGCACCAGUCCGUGCGUGAGCAACGUGACCUACUUUGGCUGUUUUGGAGGUACUUGCUGCAAUUGUCCCAGGGGGAGGUACGCCUCAUGGACACCUGUAAAAGCUCUGCCCCUGAAGUGCUUCCUGCUGCAGUUCCUGCGAAUGCUCCGUCAUUGUCCAGCUGGCUAUCUUUGGACCCUGGCCCUUUCAGCAAUUGGGGUCUCCCCAGCCCGGACCGAGCCUGGUUACUUGCAGCCUCCUGGCCUCCGUGGUUUACAUUGCCAUUGUGGUCCUGGCUCCAGGGGUCUUGCUGGUCGCAGUACUGUUAUAAGUCACGUACUCCACAUGGCACAAGCUACAUCGAGCUCUUGCUUGACUUUGUGUUCACAGCCGGUAUUUGCCCACCCGCUUCCCUGGAAGCUGCUGGGCAAAUGCCUGAAGCCCCUGAGGAUCUGACUGAGCCAGUUGCGGUCCGCCAGAUGAUCAAUUGUUUCGUCCAAGCUGUGCGGCAGCUGGAACGACUCUCUCGACACAAGGUGUGGCCGCUGAGACGCAAAAAGGUCUUCGCCCUUCGGGCGCUUGGGUUCGAGGAGCCGCGGAUUGGUGUGGAGUCCAGGCUGCAGCUAUCUCGACCGAUGGAGCUGGGAUCAAUGUUGCUGCGUACCUUGCAUGAAGGCAGUGCGCAGGCCAUAGUCGACUUUGUACGAGGAUUAGGCAAGAAGCCUCAUCCGGACAUCUCGCUCCAGAAAACCUGGCAGCGGCAGACAGCCAGCGACCGUGCCAAAAUUGGCCGGAUGCUGACCAAGUGA